AUGGGGCCGUGCCGAGCGCUGUCUCCGCUGCUGCUGCUCCUGGGGCUGGCAGGAGCCUCCACGCCGGAGCCCCACGGAUCCACGGCAGGACAGAAUGGAACCACGCUGGGAUGGGAAGGAACCGCGCCGUCCUCGUCCCUGAGCUACGGGGCCGUGGUGGCGGCGGCCGUGGAGCUGCUCAACGCCAGGGCCGUCAGUCCCUACGUCCUGCGGCUCCGGGAGGCUCAGCCCCGGCCUGGCUGGCCCUCAGACCUGCAGAGCCGGCAGGAGCUGAGCUUCACCCUGGAGGAAACCACGUGCCGGGCACCGGGAAUGGCCACCAGCGACUGCAAGAGCCGCUGGCUCGGGGCGCUGACCUGGUGCCAGGGCUCCGUUUUCCUGGAGGGGCAGCAGCCCACGGUGGAGCUCUCCUGCAAGAAGGCCCCGGCCGUGUUUGGCCAGAGCUGGAAAUCCAAGAUCAAGGAUUUCUUUGGCAAGGUCAAGGAACGUUUCCAGGGGUUCUUCCAGUGUGGGCGGAUCUGGAUCCGGGACAAGCUCAACCUCAAGGCACCCAAACCCUGA